UUUCGCAUAAAAGUCGUGGGCGUCGUGGAGUUGGACAUACUUGCCUUCGAUCCAGCAAUCCGAGCGGAGUUAUCCACCUACACACCAAAAAUUAAGAUGCGCGUCCUUAUUGCUCUGUGCCUUGUGGCUGCCGUUAGUGCCAGGAGUGGCUAUAACUACCAGCCUGCAGCUUCUGCCCCAGCUGUCGCAUCCUUUGCUCCUUCCGGACCCAGUUACUCCCCUUCCGUGGCUGCUAGCCAGGAUGCCCCAGCCGAGACUUAUGCGCCUGCUCCUGCCCCCGAAGCUGCUCCCUCCGCUGUUGCCACCAACUAUGCGGCACCCCAGGCUGAGCUCCAAAAGGAGUUCUUCACCUACACCGCUGAUGAGCAGGACUUCCUUGAACCAGCUGGCUCUCAGCAGGUCUCCGGCUCCUUGAACAAGGCCCUCCGUGUGAUCUUCAUCAAGGGACCCGAGAACACUGGCUUGGAGAACGCUGCUGUGGCUCUGGCCAAGCAGGCUGGACAGCAGGAGACCGCCAUCUAUGUCCUGAAUAAGCAGGCUGAUAUCGGCGAUCUGAGCAACAAACUGAACUCCAUCCGCAACAACAACAACAACAAGCCCGAGGUGCACUUCGUGAAGUACCGCACCAACCAGGAUGCCCUCAACGCCCAGCAGGCCAUCCAGUCGCAGUACGAUCAGCUGGGAGGAUCCUCCACCAUUCAGAACGGAGGCGUGGCUCCCGUCCUGAACUUCGCAUCUCAGCCAGCUGCCCAGCAGGUGGCCGCUCCCUCGGCUCCUGGUAGCUCCUACCUGCCCGCUUCGGUCCUCCGUUUCCGCCAGUAAGCAGUGAACUGACCUCAGACUGACCCAUGACCCAUCAACGAUUCCUACGCACUCGCUGCGACCCACUUUGCCUAGUUUGUAAAUCUCUCGAAUUUCGAUAUGUGUCCCCAAUAAAAUAUUGUUAAUAUAAAAAA